UGAUGCUCCCCGCUAAAAUAGUGUCACGUGAAAUAAUAUCGAAUGAUGUAAAUUUGUAGAAGUUGAGAGAAACGAGAUCAGUAAUGUUGAAAAUAGGAACGCUGUCGGCACUGUAUGACUCGGUUAAGUGACUUCAUAUAAAUUAGUUUUCGGUAAUCGUUCAUACACGAACGUCUUGUUCGUGUAUAUGGGAAAUGACCACAGCGCCAAGUGCAGCCUCUACUAAUCCUCCCGGUAUUGAAUUUGCAAUUGGAGGACUAGCAGCGGUAGGAGCCGGGGUUUUUACGAAUCCAAUUGACGUGAUCAAAGUACGCCUACAACUGCAAGGAGAGCUAGAAGCGCGCAAUUCAUACAAGAAAAUAUACAAAAAUACUGUUCACGCCGGUUAUUUAAUCGCAAAACAUGAGGGCAUACUCGCUUUGCAAGCGGGUAUCGUACCGGCCCUACUUUUUCAAGUGGUACUUAAUGGAAUACGGUUAGGUGUAUACAAUACGGCAAAAAAGUAUGAGCUGAUUACCAACAAAAAAGGCGGCACCGAUGUCUUGAGCACUGCUAUAGUGACGGGAAUUGCUGGAUGUAUAGGAGCAAGCCUUGGCAGUCCUUUCUAUAUGGUGAAGACGCAAUUACAAGCACAAUCUGUGCACACUAUAGCCGUCGGUUAUCAGCACAAUCACGGGGGCACCUGGUCCACGUUCAGAUCUUUAUGGAAAGAAGGUGGAAUCGCAGCUUUAUAUCGCGGUUGGCAUGCUGGCAUACCACGCAUUUUUGUUGGUUCCGCAACGCAACUGACUACCUUUGGUGUAGCCACUGAUUGGCUACGCUCUUUAGAAAUAUUUACAGAUCAGUCGAUAUCAUUAACAUUUGUGGCGUCCCUAAUCGGCGGAAGUUGCGUGGCACUUACCAUGCAACCAUUCGAUGUCUUAGCGACAAGACUGUACAAUCAACGUAAGUGUCAUUGGUUUAUUAACAAUGGAUUCACUAUACAGUUUCAUUCAGCUUGUACUGAAAAUAUAGGAACGGAUGCAAGCGGUAAAGGUGCACUGUACAACGGUCUUCUGGACGCAUCCGUGAAAAUAUUUCGAACGGAGGGGCUGACUGGUUUAUACAAAGGAAUUUUUCCAACAUGGAUGCGAAUAGCACCUCACACUGUGCUGUGUUUAGUAUUUUAUGAAAAGAUUGAUCUAUUUUACAAUAGACUUCGAAAUUAACACAAAUGCUUGAAUAAAUAGUUGUGCAAGUUUUAUAGUUAUCUUAGGUACGGCGAAAGCAGAUUUCAGAAUUUUAAACUAAUGUGCAAUGUACUGUCAAGAUAGAGAAAAAAUACAAUUUCUCAUAUGGGCAGUGAUGUUUUUUGCGGUUGAAUGAUAAUUCAACGUUUAGAUAGUCAAGUUCGUACGGUUCUAAACUAAUGACGACGCCUUAAUGUGUUCGAAACAAUCGAUUACUAAAAUUAUAUCUAUUUUAUAGUACAUUGCCUGUUUCUUGAGGACAAAUCUGUAGAAAAUUAUCUCUCCGAAGCCUGUAAGUUCGGAUAUUUAACAACUGAAACAAUUGUAAAAAAUUCAUAAUUUGAAAGUCUUGUAUA